AUGCUCCCUGUAUUUAUUUUGGCUUUAAUGACUGUCCUGGCUCUCAGCACCCUCAUUGCAGUUUUCACAAACUCACUCAUCAUUGUUGUGAACCUUAUCGAUAAAGCCAAGGGAAAACAUUUUAGCCCCUCUGACCUAAUUGUGGUGACUCUCUGCAUAUCCAACAUUAUAUUUCAGUUUACUAUGUUAAUCAAUGAUUAUAUGAGUUUCAUUGAGAGUGAUGUGUACUUCACUGAUGAAGUCUAUACAGUAUCUGUUGUCUUUCUCAUUCUACCAAUUUAUUCCAGCUUCUGGUUUACAGUUUGCCUUUCCAUCAAUUAUUACUUGCAGAUUGUCAUAUCCACUCAUCCCGUUUUAAUCCGACUAAAGCUUGCAGGUUCCCAACUGAUCCCGCCACUCAUAAUGGCUUCAUUAUUUAUAUCAUUGGCUACUGGCCUCCCUGCAGCCUGGAACAUCUACAGAGAUCCUCUGGAAUUAAAUAUAUCAAAUAAUGAGAGUGAGGAAGCAUCAUACCCAAAACUGAGCACUGCUUACCUACUGCCCAGUAACCUUGUCAGCUGUUCCCUACCAUUGGUUCUAGUGGGAGUUGCUAAUGGAUUGAUCAUCAAGUCACUUGUUACCAAAACUCACAAGUCAGACAGAAAUGCAAAGGGAGAGAUGAGUGCCCGGGCAGAAGGACGGGUCCGUGCAGCCAGGACAAUAAGCUGUCUUCUCAUUCUGUAUAUAUCGUUUUAUGUAGCUGAGAUCCUGGUAUUUAUAGAGGUGUUUCCUCAGAGCAGCCCAGAAUUCUGUGCCUGUUUAGUGGUCAUCUAUGGUUAUUCACCAGCACAGUCAAUUGUCCUGAUUUUUGGCAGCCCAAAACUAAAACAAGUGUUUGUCACCAUAUUCCUAUAUUGUACAGGAGGCAUCAACAAAGGGAAGCCAAGAACUCCAACUGUCCUAUUUAUUAAGCUCAAAGAAAAGAAAAAUGUACACUUUCCAAAAGAGUAA